AUGCCAAUGAUCGAUCACUUUAGGAAUUUUAUACGUCAUGGCAAGCAAGCAAACCAAAAACUAAUUUCCCAAGAGAACAACACCUUUGAUUCCAACGCCACUGACAACAACCGCAUUUAUCCUGAAGUCAAGAGCAAGGUGGACAAUGCUACGGCUGUAGCGCAAAUAGUGGCCGAGGAAAGGGAGCAGAAGAAUAAAAUACCUACAUACCCAGGAUUAGAACGUUAUCGUAUAUUGGAGAAAAUGGGAGAAGGUGCAUUUAGUAAUGUCUACAAAGCAAUUGAUACAGAAACCAAAGAAAAAGUUGCCAUCAAGGUUGUGCGAAAGCGUGAACUCAAUUAUUCACAGGAGAGCGGUAUCUUUGAUUAUGUGGAAUACAACACGAUUAACCGUAACCAACGAGAAAUCCAGUCCGUUCGAAUGGACGAGAUGGUCAUGGGAGAUACCGCAACUACGUCAGUUAAAGAGUUCAAAAAUGUGCAAUCUCAUUCAUGUCAUUUGAUAAUAACCGUUCGUCUUUACAUUUCAACGACUGGUGUUAUUGUAGGAGAAACAUUUACAUCGCGACAUGAAAAAGAAACCUCGUGUCAUCGAGGUAUUUUAUUGUUCCAAAGAUGUCAGACAAUAGAUUGUUAUGUGUUGACUGCCAAGUCGUUGGCGUUCGUUAAACUAUUCCCCUUGAUAAAAAAAUAUCAUAAUUUCAUAUUCGAUAUCGAGAAUGCCAAUUCGCAAAAAUUUUUGCGUUCCAAUAUUCUUAAGGAAGUCCAGAUAAUGCGUCAACUGAAGCAUCCUUCGAUUAUUUCCCUAAUAUCGUUUUCCGAGUCAUCAGAAUAUUAUUAUUUGGUCCUCGAGUUGAUGGAAGGGGGUGAACUGUUUAACCAAAUUGUGAAGCUUACCUAUUUUUCGGAACCAUUAUCGCGACAUGUUAUUGUUCAAGUGGCUGAAGGAAUAAAAUAUUUGCAUGAAGAAAGUGGUAUUGUUCACAGAGAUAUAAAACCUGAAAAUCUUCUCUUUGAACCAAUCCCGAUAUUCCCUUCGAAGGAACCUCGGCCACCACCUGGUCCUAACGAUGAACCCAAAGAAGACGAGGGUGAAUUCAUCCCUGGUGUAGGAGGGGGUGGUAUUGGUAAAGUUAAAAUUGCCGACUUUGGCUUGUCCAAGGUCGUGUGGGACGAAAAGACAAUGACUCCGUGUGGAACGGUGGGUUAUACUGCUCCCGAAAUCGUCAAGGAUGAACGUUAUAGCAAGAGUGUUGACAUGUGGGCACUCGGCUGCGUCUUGUACACAUUGUUGUGCGGUUUCCCACCGUUUUAUGACGAGAGCAUUCAAGAACUAACUAAGAAGGUUGAGAAAGGACAGUAUACGUUUUUAAGUCCAUGGUGGGAUGACAUCUCUCUGUCAGCCAAAGACUUGAUUACAAACCUUCUCACUGUUGAUCCGGAUAAAAGAUAUACAAUUAAGCAAUUCUUUGAGCAUCCAUGGGUCAAAGAUGAGCCAUUCCAUCCAAAACCCUCUUUGGUACCAGUUGAUAGAUCGAUCAAUAAAGUCACUAGUAGGUCGAUUGAUGCGAAUCAACUGGCAAGUGUGGUCGAGCCUCCUCUUAUGUUCGAAGAGAUAUUAGGAACUCCAGGAGAAGGUGUACGCCGCGGAGGAAAGCUAGGUGCCUUAAACCCGUUUAGGAAUAAGUUUGUUCACCAAAUGAACGAUGAUGAUGAUCAUUCGGACGAAGAUGAAGAAAUAUCAUCGUCUUCAAAUGAACAAGUUACUUCUCGUGAAGUUCCAAACGAACCUGUGAAAAUGAAAUCUGGCUCCAAGAACAGUAAGGAGAAAUCUCGGCGUGUAGCUAUUGAGCUAAAUUUAGAGGGUGCAACAUUACUGGGAAGGAGACGCAAAAUCCCAGUAGGCGUAUAA